UAUGUUUAUAUUUAAAAAGAUUCAAUUGAAAAGUAUCCUAAAACGCAUAUUAUGAGUGAAAUUUUGAAAAACAAGAUUGCAUAUAUUUAUAGUGAUGACUUAGUUACGCACUGUGAUAAAUUACCUGCAAUGAAAAAUAGGGCUUCAAUUGUACAUGAUUUAGUUAGAAAUUAUAAUCUGCUUUCGCAAGAAAAUAUUGUAGUAGUAAAGCCUCGAGAUGCAACUGAAGAUGAGCUAAAAUCAUUUCAUUCUUCAGAUUAUAUAGAUCUUCUGAAAUCUCUAAAUUCUUUCGACACAAGUUUAGAUAACAUUGAGGAUAAUCACCUAGAAUUUGGUUUAGGAUAUGACAAUGUAAUUAUUGAAAAUGUAUUCGAUUUUGCAUCUUGUCUGGUAGGCAGCUCAGUUUCAGCUGCAAGAUUAUUGGCAGCUAAAAAAUGUAAAACUGUAAUAAAUUGGUUCGGGGGUUGGCAUCACGCACAAAGAGAUUCAGCAGCUGGAUUUUGUUAUGUCAAUGACAUUGUCAUAGCCAUACAAAUUAUGUCAAAGUUUUUUGACAAAAUCAUUUAUGUUGAUUUAGACAUUCAUCAUGGCGAUGGUGUACAGAAUGCAUUCGAAUAUAGCAGUAAAAUAUUAACUCUAUCAUUUCAUAAAUAUAGUCAGGGAUUCUUUCCAAAUACAGGAAAUAUAGAUGAUAUAGGCCAGUCACAAGGGAAAUAUUAUACCAUGAAUAUUCCCUUAAAAGAUGGCGUUUGUGACAAAACCUACGUUGACAUUUUUAAUGAAGUAUUUUCCAUGGUCAUAGAAAAUUUUAAAGCUGAAGCUUUGGUGGUACAGUGUGGUGGGGAUGGCCUAAUUGAGGAUCCUUUGGGCCAAUGUAAUCUAACGCUCAAAGGACUAGGGGAGUGUAUAAAUAAAAUUUUAAAAAGUGACCUACCAACUUUGUUUUUGGGAGGGGGAGGAUACAACUUUCCAAAUACUGCUAGAUUGUGGGCUUACCUGACGUCCCUAAUUCUUAAGACAGAUUUAAGUAAUGAUAUUCCUGAUACAUGUGAGAAUUUUACUUUAUAUGAACCAAGUUAUGAAUUGCACAUAGAGCCAGGCAGAAGAAAAGAUUACAAUACCUCAGAAUAUAUCAAGGAAUUAAUUAAAAAUAUUAAAUUACACUGUACCUAUAUUAGGUAAAGACAUUUUCGAAUUUAUUCUAGUAGGUAAUAAAACAAACUUAUUGGUUUUGUAAUAAAUUCUAUUUGUUGGAACUGAUUGUUUUGAAGAAAGCGCGGAAGUAAUUUCCGUAAGUCCAUAGUUGAUAAAAUGUCCAAUUACAAAAAAAUAUAAUUAUUAUUAAUUAUUAUUUUGUAAUAAUUUUAAAUAUAAAUAAUAUAUGUGUAUUUGUUAUAGAAUCUUUUGUUUUCUUCAUUUUGACAUUGCAUUUUCAGUUGUAACUAUAAUAUUAAAACAGAAAGUAGUUAUACUACAGAAAGUAGUUAUACUACAGAAAGUAGUUAUUACCGUUGAUUAAAGAAAUAAGAAGAUGCGCAAACUUAUGGGCGAUUUCGUGACACAAAACAUGUCCGAUGUAGCUGGCGUUACCGUCAGGCUAUCCAAGAUUUAGUGUAGCCCUGCGCCGCUGCGCGCUGAUAAUCGUCUACUGCGCAGCGGAUAAAGAAUACUGUAGAUAGAAUACUAGAAUAUAGAAUACUCGUUGCAGUAGACAGUGUUGCCAGAACUACGGAUUAAUCGGUAUAUUUAGGGAUUUUGGUAAAUCAAUAAACGUUCUUUAAUAACAAUUUUGAUAAAUGUCAAUAGUCGUCAUUUCCAAGCCAAUUACACGACUUUUUUCGAUCAUACGUUAUAUUCAGUACAUACCUAUAAAAAAAAUAUUUUUGAUGAUUAUUCUAUGUUUAACACGAAUAAAUCUUCAAUGCUUUGGAUACUACUUUGGAUUUUUUAUCCAAGGAUAUUUUCGUCAAACGUAUUACAGAUAUUCCACAUUUCAAUAUGGCAACACUGUCGCUUUCAGUUCCACCUAUGCCUUCGCUAGCCCAAUAAUUAGAAAUGAGUGUUUUAUGCGUUGGCCGCAGAACGAGUAAAGGCUCCACCGUACAGCGCUUGAGACGUAAGAGGAAAUCAAAUCAGCCUUGAAACAAAUUUGUCCAUUAGGUUGCGUAUCUUCCAAAUUCUUUCAAUGAAAGUUAUUACCCAAAUAUUGAAGAUGUAUACUGUUUUAUAAUGAAUGUAGCUUUCAUGUUAUAAUAUUGUAAGGUGUUUUACGCCAUGAUUGACAAACUUAAAAAGACGACUACUAGACUAAUACAAUAAAUAAUCUUAAAAUCUACAGUAGAAUUAUUAGAUAAGUUUACAAUUAAAAAAAAUCUUACAAAUAUAAGUGUUUUUGUAGUUUUAUUCAUAAUAAUAAGUUGAUGAGUAUACUCAAUCACUUGCAAAAUGUUCACACUUUUUCCUUUAACAUAUUAAUUCAUAUUAAUUUUAUUGCACUUACAUCCAUAUAAUAAGCCAAUACUUAAUAACACUAUAUUCUAUCAAUGUUUUAAUCAUUAUGGUUAUUGUUAAAAAUGUAUUUAAAAAAUUAAAGUAGUUCCAAUAUUAAGUAUUUAUUUUUCUUUAUGAGGUGCCUCUAAAAAGAAAGACGAAGAUACUAAAUUUUUUGACAAAAUCAUCUGUCGAAUAUACUUUUUGACACAACCGGUAUAUUUCAUUAAAAAAAUUUCUGUGACGAUUAUUAAUAGAUAAUGUCUUUACGGCCAAUUAAAAAAAUACUUCUCUUAAUCUAUUACGUAAAUUUUGGUUCCAACACAGAAACUAGACUAGCUUCUACGUCCCACUAGUCAACUCGCAUACCCAACAAUGUUGCCAUUUGUUGUCCCUUAAUUUCGCAGUUCUGCACGUGGAUAAACAAUAAUCGGUCUGGUAUUUCGCGUGCAAUCUAAACAAAAAAAACUUACCCCAGAGAUUAACCAACGCAAUCAAAAGACGUCUACGGCGUGUUUUGAUUGCGUUGGUUACCGACAGCUGUGAAUAAAUUAAAAAAAAAUAAAAACAGUUGUAUAUAAAAAAAUCUAUAUUUGUGGGACACGAACUUGGGACCUCUCGAUCCCGAAGCGACGACCUAACCAAUGGAUCCACAGCUGCUCUUGCAAAAUUGGCUAUAGCUAAAAGGCUCAUUUACAUUUGUCACUUUGGAUGUGCAACUUGGAUGAAUCAUCCAAAGUGAUAAGUAUAAAUUGCCUUUCAUUACUGUUUCAUCCAAAGUGUACACUAAAAUUGAACGAUGAAACAAGUUGACAGUCUUCCUACUUUUGUUGAAAGAAGCGUUCAACGAACCGUUGAUUCAUCCAGAUUGAACGGCAAGUGAAAAAUGUAAACAGCCGCCGCCGACCCGUGCGGCCAACCUCGAUAUAGAAAACACUGGGAGAGGUGGCAGCCUGCGGUAGAUGAAACAGUGAACUGCUGCGAACUGGAUGAAAAUAUGUAAACAAGGAUGUUCAAUUUGGAUGAAUUCAAUCUGAAGGCUCAUUUACAUUUGUUACUUUGGAUGAAUCAUCCAAAGUGAUAAGUAUAAAUUGCCUUUCAUCACUGUUUCAUCCAAAGUGUACACUAAAAUUGAACGAUAAAACAAGUUGACGGUCUUCCUACUUUUGUUGAAAGAAGCGUUCAACGAACCGUUGAUUCAUCCAGAUUGAACGGCAAGUGAAAAAUGUAAACAGCCGACGCCGACCCGUGCGGCCAAACUCGAUAUAGAAAACACUGGGAGAGGUGGCAGCCUGCGGAAGAUGAAACAGUGAACUGCUGCGAACUGGAUGAAAA